AUGUCGUCUGAGAUUCCCAAGUUCCCAGCCCCGGCAUACGACAACGCCGAGAAGGGCACGUUAGACGUGCACUCCUCCUCGGUGGUCCUCAUAUACAACGAGAAGGAGCUCGCCGUUGAGAGCGUCUUCCCGGUGCCCGAAGCCAAGAAAGAGCAGGUUGCGCCACCGAAGACUCCCAGCAAGCCGCCGAAGACGUCCAAAUGGAUCAUCUGGCAACUCUGGUACAACACUUACCGCAAAUUAUUCACCAUCGCGUUUUCUGUCAAUAUAAUUAUGUUCGGCUUCGCUGUCUCCGGUCAUUGGCCUUACGCGGUCAGGUACGGUUCCGCUAUGGCCGUAGCUAAUUUCAACGUGUCCUUCUUGGUUCGCAAUGAGGUUUUCGGACGUUGCUUGUAUCUUUCCGUCAACACGCUCUUUGCCAAGUGGACGCCUUUGUGGUGGCGGUUGGGAUGCACUUCAGUGCUCCAGCAUCUUGGUGGCAUUCAUUCCGGCUGCGCAAUUUCUGGGAUCAUCUGGUUGACCUUCAGGAUUGUCGACACUUAUCGCAAUCAUUACAAUGAGCACGAUGCGAUUUUGGUGUUUGGUCUGGCUGCCAAUGUCGUUCUCAUCAUCGUUGCCAUUGCCGGACUCCCCAUCGUCCGCAACACUCACCAUAACGUCUUCGAGCGCAACCACCGUUUCUUCGGCUGGACUGGGCUAGGACUUACUUGGAUCUUCACAGUCAUGGGUGAUCUCUGGGACCCCGAGACCAAGAAGUGGGCUAUGAACGGCAGACACGUCGCGAAGCAGCAGGAUUUCUGGUAUGUCAUCGGGAUGACAGUCUGGAUUGUCCUUCCCUGGAUCUGCACGAGGCAUGUCAAGGUCGACAUCGAGCUUCCGUCCCCCAAGGUCGCGGUUCUGCGCUUUGAACGUGGCAUGCAGCAGGGACUUCUCGCUCGGAUCAGUCAUGGCGCUGUCAAGGAGUACCAUGCUUUUGGUGUCAUUUCAGAGGGUACACACGCCAAGUACCACUAUUUGAUCUGCGGUGUGCAAGGUGACUUCACUCACAGUCUCGUCAAUGACCCGCCAAAGGAGAUCUGGACCCGGGAACUGAAGCUCGCUGGUGUCUCUAAUACUUCGACUCUCUACCACCGCGGUAUUCGUAUCUGCACGGGUACCGGUAUUGGCGCCGCUCUCUCCACAUGCAUUCAGUCCCCCUACUGGUUCCUGAUCUGGAUAGGGUCUGAUCAGGAGAAAACGUUUGGUCCUACUAUCAGCGGUCUCAUUCACAGCAACAUUGGGCCGGAACGCCUUCUCUUGUGGGACAGCAGGGAGCGAGGCGGCCGCCCAGACACCAUGAAAAUUCUCAAGGAGGUGUAUCACUCCUGGAAUGCGGAAGUUGUUUUCAUUACCUCAAACUAUGUCGGUAACUCUGAGAUGAUGCAGGGUUGCAAGGCGGCUGGAAUUCCGUGCUUCGGCACUCUUUGGGACUUCUGA